AUGCCAAGAUAUUUCAAAGUAAGGCGCGUCAUCCUCAAGUCGCGCUCUCACCAACAGGAAGUCACGACCAGAACAGCAACUCAACACAACGUAAAAAAUGGCAAGAGCGACCGCUUCGUCCCAAUUGAGGGCUCCACUAACAUGCAUAUAGGCUCCUUCUUCCCAAAUACUGAAAAGACAGCGUUCUCGGCCUUCAGAUUGGUGGGCUGCGAACCCCGCUGUCGUCGAAUCCCCAAAACCAACGCCAGCACGAACGACUGCACCAAAAACCACCCCAAAUAAUAAGACUAAGAGGGCUCCGGCGAGAAGGAAAUCUUUGCCUGUUGCUCCGAGCACUUUGCCUAGUUCUCAUGUCGAAGAGACGAUAGCUAUCGCUCCAAAGGAGGUGCCCGCAUCAUUGAAGAGGAAAAGGUCUAGGCCUAGUGAGUGGUGGGCUGCGAAUGCGGGUUCCUCUGCUGGGGAAGAAAAGUUUGUUGGUGCAGUAGGUUCGCAGGAGAGGUCUGUCAAAAAGAAGAGAUCAUCGCUACCAGUUGAUGGUCAUACAGUUUUUUCACAAACGAAGACAGACACAAUAUUAAAGAAGACACCAGUCAAGAAGAAAGCCAGAUUGUCAUUACCAAUCGUCCUGGAACCAGCAGCAGAGCCGGAGCCGAGUUCAAGCGCGCUGAAGAGGCACAGAACAAGGCCGAGUGAGUGGUGGGCUGCGAAUCCCGUUGCUUUCGAACCGAGUCCAAAAAACCCAGCACAGAUUAUGUCAACCGAAGCAGCGAAACCGAAAAAGAAGACGAGGUUCUCGUUACCUGCUAUAUCUACCGUACCAAAUUCUGGGGACGAGGGGACAAAUUCAAGCGGGGUGAAAAGGGAAAGAAGGAAACCCUCCGAGCGGGGGGCGGCUAGCUCUGCUGCCAUUAUGGAUACACCUCUUCGAACUGGCAAAAAUAUUGCGGCUUCUGAAGCUAAUACUUCAUCGGGGAGUGAAGAUAUCUUGGGAUCUGCAGCAGUCACUAGCAAAUAUAGUCUGAGAGGAGGGCGUUUACCGCAGAAUAACUCGACCGGCGACGAAGAAAUUGUGGAGGUUCAGACAGCUUCUUCAGCAUUUGGCAGAGGACGUCCGGCAAAAGGGGCAACUCGUGCUGUCAGGCCCGUCGAUACAAGCAACGACAAAAAUGGACCAUCUGCGGCUAAGAGAGGAAGACAGGCAUCAAAACCACAAGCAUCGCAAGCAGAGUCAAGUGCUUCAUCAGUUGCAAAGAAAGGUAAUAAGUCACUGAACUCGCAGUCGCGAACAACUUCGGAGAAGCCUUCUAAAGCGGGUAAGCGACCGUCAGAAAAGGCUUCGCAAAUAGAACAGUCCAAGCGCAGGCGCAAAUCUGAGGGGAGUGAGUUAUUCCAAAGUUUCCACCUGUAGCUUAUAAUCUCUAUGUCAUUAUGGAGAUAUACUAAUUGCAUCAGCAGAAGCUGAACAAAACGUCCAGAAAACGAAGCGUCCUCGCGUCAGUGAGGUUGCCCAAGAAGAGGUUCACGAUGAAGAAGUGGACGAGGACGAGGACGAGGAUGAAUUGGUACCAUACCAACGUCUGGUACCGGUGAUUCGCAAAGUACAUCGUCAUACAAUUGACGCAAAAUGGCAACCGCUACCACCAGAAUGUGUCGAACUUAUUUCCCAAUUACUUGUCGAUGCACAACGGCCUGUAGUCGCACGUCAAACGGACGAAACCAAGAGAGCACAAGCCAAUACUGCUUUACAAUGGCUAUCACGAAAACUCGUUCGUAAGAUUUCCAGGGGACUUCCAUUCCCGGUAGGAACACAACCCCAGCCUGAGGAUGAAUUCAAAUUUGACAAAAUCAUCGAUCGUAAUCGAAUCCUGGAGGGCCAAUUGACUGCCGAGAUUGAUGCCAACAAGCUCUUGGAGGAAAACUUGGCCAAGGAACAAGAAUUGUUGGCAGCAGAAAAAGCCGCAUUGCUGGAGCUUGAGACCAAUGCAAAGACAGAGGCUUCCAGACGGAAGGAAGCUGCACGAAAAUCACAUCCCUUACUCCACUCAGAAGUCGCGCAGGGCAGUGAUGAAUUGGGCUUGUCUGUCAUCAAUAGUCGGGUGCUGCCCAGCUUAGACGUACGUUAUAUUGUCUCGGUCUUCCUUGGUCCUACUAACCUAUUCCAGGUCUCACAGGAUGAAAAGUUACAGGCAGUUAUUCGGGAGGUUGAAGGUCACGUCGACAGUCUGCAAAGUAAUAUCAAACAACUUGAGGGUAUACCUGACGCCAUCUCGAAGGCGAAAGCCGCAGUACAAGUCACGCUAUUCGAUCACCUAGAAGAGACUAGGUAUAAAGAUGUACUUCUGGGAUCUGGAUGA